GGAAUAAGUAAAAUUCUCAAAUUCUGUAUCAUAUUCGUAAAUCGUAUUAUAUAAAUAUGUAUUUUAUUAUAUAAAUUAUGUAUUUUAACUUUAAAUUCUGAUUCGAAAGUAAAAAUGAGAGUAUUAUUGGCGAACAUUUUUUUUAGUUCUGUAUACUUAAAGUUGAAGCAGUAAUUAUUAUAUAAAAAAAAUAUAUCAAUCAGUACCAUAACCUCGGAUGUAAAAUUAAAACGUUUAUUUUAGUACGAUUUUAAAAAAAUAUUAUUCGGCGUAAAAUUAUUUGAAAAUAUACAAAGAAGGUAUGCAGUAUUUAGACAUCGGAAGCUUAGACAUAGAUGUUGAAGAAAAGAAGAAUUUGCCUUGUAAUAAUUUUGACGAAAAGCAAAAUCAAAUUCGUAUUUUGCACUCUCGAAAGACAUCAGAAAUCUCUGGCAUGUUCAAAGCACCACCAGGCGUUAACCCGUUUCACGUUGGAGCUACAAAAAUUAAAAAAUUUAGUUCAGGAGGAUCAAAACUAGUAUUCAUAUGGCCGCAAAAAGCUUCAAGUCGCAGACGUAUGCCUAACGUACUGAUACCUAUUUUUCGUCUAUUUUUGGAAGGUUUUAUUAUACUGGAUAGGUUACACCUUUGGCCAGGUGAAUUUAUGCCGAGUGAUCUACCAGCAAUUUCGCCAACUCCAUUGCCUCCUAUAAAAUGCAACGUUAUUGAACCGCGAUGGUUUGAUAGCAGUACAUAAUGUUGAUGAUUGAUUUUACUUAAUCAAAACAGCUAUUGUAAUACGUGAUUUAUAUAUAGUAAAUAUAAAUCGUGUAUGUUUUUUCAAAUUAUCAA